AUGGCCAAAGUACUGCUUCUUCUCUUUUCUUUCGUCACUCUUUUUCACGUUUCUUUGCAACAAGGCCCCGAAUGUAGCGCCACGCAAUUGUGUCCCAUCGGAUGCUGUUCUAAAUCUGGAUACUGCGGUACAGGUCCGGACUUUUGUGGGUUACGUCCAUCAUGCAGCGUCAGCGAUACUCCUAUUACCCGUGUAAUCGGCUACUAUGAGGCUUGGUCCACGACAAACCGUCCAUGCUAUAACAUGCUGCCCGAAAAGAUUCUAUUCGGAUACUACACCGAUCUCAUAUUUUCAUUUUUGACCAUUGGCCCAAAGACAUUUGAAAUCAAGGCUGUCGACACUCAGACGGCAGAAUUCAUGCAAAGAAUUGGUGCUAUCAAGCUCAUUCAGCCCGAUAUCAGGAUCUGGAUUGCUUCAUUCAUUGACUCACUCAUUAAGAUGAUGAACCAGUAUGGUUUCGAUGGUAUUGACAUUGACUGGGAGUAUCCGGCUGCCGAUGAUCGCUUCGGCAAAGAAGCCGACUUCAAAAGCUUCGUCACCUUCAUGAAGUCGCUGGGUCAGAGGAUGCAUUUCUUUGACCAGAAGAAGUUGGUCUCCUUGACUCUUUCUUCCAGCUUUUGGUAUCUGCAGCACUUUGAUCUCAAGGAACUUCAGAAGCAUGUAGACUGGUUCAAUGUCAUGAGUUACGACCUUCACGGCUCUUGGGACAUUCACAAUAAGUUUACUGGUCCUUACGCCGAUUCUCACACCAACAUGACCGAGAUCCAGGAUGCCCUUGACCUGAUAUGGCGCAACGAUGUCCCGCCGGAGAAGGUCACCUUUGGAAUGUUUUUUUACAGCCGCAGCUUCACUCUUCAAAACGCUGGAUGUAACACUCCUGGAUGUGUUGUCAGCUCUGGAGGAAAUGCGGGCGAGUGUUCAGGCACGACAGGUGUUCUUCUGCACCCCGAGAUCGCGGAUAUUGUGAGCAAGAACAAUCUCUCACCUACGCUUCAUCGAGACGCGGCUGUCAAGUCUGUGUCUUGGGGUGACCAGUGGACAACGUUUGACGACUUGGCAACAUGGAGGCUCAAGGCAAACAUCAUCCGCGGACAGUGUAUCCCAGGAGUAAUGGUUUGGGCCAUGAGUCAGGACAACAAGGACAACAGCACCAUUAUCUCUCUCACAUCAGCUCUUGGCCGCAAGGCGAUGGACCCGCCCAAAUUUGUUCCUGCUGAGCCCGUGGAACAACCGCCCAAGGUUGCAGAGCUAUGUCGAUGGUCAGGAUGUUACCAAGACUGCCCAGCAGGUUUCAAGACUGUGCAGCGCGACGGCCAUGAGGAGAUCAUGCUUACCAGUGAGAACUGUCUCGAUGGCUGCGAGAGUGGCAAGGUCAAGGUCGGCUCCCUCCGCGUCGGCUGCAACUUCUCUCACCAGGCUGCUUGCUGCACCGACGUGGCGUCCACCACCUCCUACGGCAUGUGCAAGUGGGUCGGUGAAUCGCCGACCUGCGACCAAGACUGCCCAAGCGAUUAUCCUAACAAGAUCUUCUCGUCGCAGAUGGCCGGGGGAGGCGAGCAGCCUUGUAUUUCAGGAACGAAGAACUAUUGCUGUCAGGAGCCCAAGCCCGCGGCCUUCGACAAGUGUGACUGGGUCGACAAGGGCAACCCACCGAGCUGUCUCAGCGGCCAGAUCAAGCUGUCAUCUGAGGUUGGCGGUUUGGCUCAAGACAACGACUGUAUGGGUGGCGCGAGAGCAUAUUGCUGCGAGCCUGCUCAGGUGCUGAAACCCCGUGGUGACGAUGAUCCUUUUGGAGGCAAGCAGAACAAGGAGUUCCAGCUGCUUCUUGAGGCUUAUGCGAAGAAUCCUACAUGCUCUGCCACGAUCUUGCAUCUGUCAGAAGGUAACAUGUUCGGCAACACCAUCACCAAGCGCAAUCUUCAGGCGGAGGCCGCACACUACCGGUUUUUGAAUGGCAGAGCAACAGACUGCGAAUCCGACCGGUUCGACAGGAUGAUUUUAUUUGCUGCUCUUUUGCUCACCACCACUGAGUCGCUCCUGGAACCUUUGAGUCUUGUUUACGAUGAUCUAUUCGCGGGCGGCUAUGACGAGGAACUUAUGACCACCAACAUCAGAAAUUAUUACGCCGAGCGUCCCGAAAUCGAUCCUAAUGCUCUAAUAAGAUACGUCUUCAUUAACCAGACUGCUUCUGGGCCUGGUCUGAGGCGUGCUAGGAGGGCGGAAACUACGUUCUGCGAGCUCAUUCCUACAGCAAAGCGCGCAGAGAGAGGUGUUGCAGGCAAUUCCAAGAACAACGGCGAGACCGGUCAGCCUGACAUGUCCACAAUCCUUGAGGGUAUCCUGAGCGGCGACUUGAGCCUCCAUUACGCGCGUUGGCAACACAUCGACAACCAGGGUGGUCCUAUGCUUGAAUUAGCAUACUGGAUCGGCCGCACACCCGGUGUACCGGAGGGCAGCGACUUUGACAGAUUUCGAGACGAGUGGGAACACGAAGAAGAGCGCUGGGUCGUCUUCCAUUUUCACGUCAACCAGGACAUCGAUUGGGUCGCCCACGUCGAUGGUCGCACCCGUGUAGGUGUCCAGGCACUCCGAGUAUUUCACGGGUACGAAUCGAAUGAGGUACCAGGCAGUGGACAAGCGUGGCGUGUGGACAAUACGGGUUCCAAUUCCGAGCGUGAUGGUUUCUCAUGUCCGGAUGACCAGCUUUGGUGGGUCGGGUCCGAAAGGGACCUGCCGACUGACCAGUUUGAAUUUGAUAUGGUCUUUUUUGAGAGAUUCCAGCAGUGGGGUCGGGUGUUGUUUGAUGAUGGCUAUCUGGCCACACGGGGACUGGACUUGAUCUUCACGAACCAGGGCGGCUCCAGGGUCAACAACAAUGGAAACGAAGACCUUAACCCCGACAACCAGGGACUACUACUACGUGGCGGACGCGCUCAUCCGGGCUUUGGCGUCAUCAUGCAGGAUGUCAAUUUUCUGAUCAACGACUACGGUUACAAUUUCAGGCCUAUAGAUCCUGAUGCUUAA